AUGGCCGAUAUGAUUGGAUUAAUGGUCGAGUCGCGCCCGCCAACGAGAAAGAGGAGACGAGUCGUCAUUUCUUGCUUCGAAUGCCACCGGCGCAAGCAAAAGUGCGAUAGAGAACUACCAUGCGGAAACUGCAUCGCUCGCAAUCGAGAAGCGAGCUGCGCCUACGAGGCCGCUGCGCCGACAUCAAAGAACCUUAAGGAAGUCGGCGACGUAUCGACAAACUCGUCCGACGGAUCGCAUACCACGGCGCGCACUUCGCCCAGCCAGCAGGCCACCGAUCGUUGUCACAGCACCGGCGACGACCCGACGCUGUCCUCCAUGGCCGCGGCGCUGGGCUACUCGCAAACGCGGCCCUCGACGCUGAGCCUCCUACGCACAAUUGAAACCGCCGACCAGCAGCCCGGCCCCGGAGGUCGCACAUCAUCAUCACAUCAUCAAACCGCCGCCGCGGAGAGUGAGCUGGCUCCGAUCCGCGAAAAAUACAAGGGCCUCGUGCGGCAACUCCCCGCCAAAACGUACGUGGACCGGCUGGUCGGCAUGUACUUCAAGGACUUGCACCACCAGUAUAAUUUUCUCGACCAGAGCAUCUUCUACGAGCAGCUUGAAGAGUGGAACCGAUUACCGUUUGCGUUGCUAUCGACGCCCGAGCGAUUGCCGCUACGGAUGCGCUUCUUCCCCGCGCUGCUGUUCCAAAUUCUCGCCACGGCGUUGCUGCUACUGCCGCCGCCGGGCACCCCAGAUCCCGUCUUUGACGCGCUCAAGUACGCAGGCGGCAUGACGUUUGAGAACCUGGCGACGGAUUAUAGCGAUUCGGGUGCGGCGAUUGUAAAUUUGUUCGGCAAGAGCGCGCUCGACGAGGUAACGGUGCAGGCGCAGUUUAUACGAGCACUGUUUCAAAAAUAUACGGCUCAUGUAAUUGAGUGUUGGCAUGGCAUUGCAGCGGCGAUUCGCGAUGCUCAGGAACUGGGCAUGCACCGCGAUGCUCUAGAUCCGAAACCCGAAGACUCGAGUGUGGAGAGCAUACUCAAAAACCAGUGGCGUAUUUUGCAUAGAAGGAAGAUGUACAUGAUGCUAGUGACCUGGGACGCCAACAUGGCCGUCUUCCUAGGCCGUCCGGGCAGCGUCGUCUGGUCCCACGGGCUCCCCUCGCUACCGACCGACGCGUCGACCCCGACUGACUUCUCCAAGAUGCCGGUCGAGCCGCGUGACGAUGCGGUUGAGCCGCCCACGCUCAUCACCCGCCAGCUCCUCCUCUUCAAGCUGGUCGAACCGCUGCGGCUCGUCCUCGACCUCGAGCCCGACGGCUCGCACCCCAAGGACUUCUCCAAAGUCGACCACGUGCACCAAAUCAUGCGCACCGUCCACUCCGAAGUGCCGGCCGCGUUUCGCCUCGCCAACCCGGACCGCCGCUGGGACGAGCACCCCACAUGCGCGCCCUGGAUUCAUCAGACACGGUUGCACAUGGAACAGAUGUACUACUUUGGCGUCAUGGCGCUGCACCGGCCCUACAUCUUUCACCGGCGCGCGAGUCGCGAGGCGGCGCUGCGCGCGGCUGUCGACAUGCUCGGCAUUCAGCGCCAGACGUUUGACAGGCUGCCGCUGGUUCAGUGGCGCGGCUUCCACCUCUUCUUUGGAAGCUUUGACGCCGUCGUCGUCGUCGCGAGCAUCUUUAUCCUGUUCCCGCGCGAGAAUCCCGGGCUGCGCGACAGCGCGGUACGGCGGUUCCACUGGACAAUUGCCAAGUUUGAGGCAAUUCGCGAGCACAAUGCGGUGGCGCGCGCCGCGCAGGGCGUGCUGAAUGCCAUUCAGGCGCGCUUCAUCAAAGCUGUCGGCAGCUCGGUGCCCGGGCCGAGCCCCGACGCGGAAGCGCCGCUGGAUGAGCCGACGCCGCCAGACCAGACGGCAGACGGCAACCGAGCAGGUUUGGUCAUGAGCAGCAACACGUCGACGAAUGGUCUGUCGCUGGGCAUCUCGACGAGCGAUGAGGACAGCGCGGCGGGAUCGUGGGCCAACGACGUGAACGCGUGGUCGCUUCCCGAAGAGAGUCUGUCCGCGCUGGCGCCCAUCUACCCCACGUCGGAUCUGGUCUUCAACGACCUGGUCGCCAAAUACGGCGAGUCGGACCUGGAAGGCUGCGCAUUGGGCCUGAUCGGCACGCAGCAGCAGCAAGCGCCAGGUGACGGGUUUGGCAUGUCGUGCCAGUUUGACGGAGACUUUGCGGUGGACAAUACGUUUUGGCAGUUUAUGAAUCAGUUCAACCCAGAAUUUACGGGUUGA